GGACAGCAAUGGCGGGCCGACCAGAGCAGCUAGCGCCCCCCGAGGUGUUCUACAAUGACGCCGAAGCGCGCAAGUACACCACGUCGUCUCGCAUGAUCGAGAUCCAGGCGAAGCUUACAGAGAGAGCAGUCGAGCUCCUCGCGCUUCCCGACGAUGGCACCCCGCGCCUGCUGCUCGAUAUCGGUUGCGGUUCCGGGCUGAGCGGGGAGGCGUUAUCUGAGGCGGGUCACCACUGGGUGGGGCUGGACAUAUCGCCCGCUAUGCUGGACGUGGCAGCAGAGCGGGCAGUGGACGGCGAUCUCAUGCUCUCAGACAUGGGGCAGGGCCUUCCGGUGCGCAAUGCUGUUUUCGACGGAGCCAUCAGCAUCUCAGCAGUGCAGUGGCUGUGCAAUGCAGACAAGUCCUCGCACAAUCCCCGCCUUCGCCUCAAGGCCUUCUUCCAGUCGCUGUACCGCUCCCUUGCCAGGGGCGGCAGAGCAGCCCUGCAGAUCUACCCCAAUGGCGCACCACAGCUUGAGAUGAUCUCUAAGGCUGCAAUGCAGGCCGGCUUCUCAGGAGGGCUCGUGGUGGAUUACCCUCACAGCACCCGAGCCAAAAAGUACUUCUUAUGUCUGGUAGCUGGGCCCGCAGGAAGCCGACCAAUGCCCAAGGCUAAAGAGGGCGACGGGGAGAGCGAGGAGAGUGAGGAUGGUGAGGGUAGCGAUGAGAGUGAUGGGGGGGGAACUGUGGGGUAUGAGCAGAGGCAGAGGCAACGGCCUGGGAAGAAGCAGAGGCUAAACACGAAAGGUGCCAAGGGGAGGAAUUGGGUGUUGAAGAAAAAGGAGCACCGGCGGCAACGAGGCGAUAUGGAUGUUCCGAGAGACACCAAGUACACUGCUCGGAAAAGGAAAUCCCGGUUUUGAUUAGUGUGUAUUGCAGAGUGGUAGUGCCAUAAUCACGCUUGUGAAAGGUUGUGGUUUCAAAUUCAAGUUAUGUG